AUGUCAGCAGAUCCGAGUCCUGUUUCUACCUCUUCCCCAACUUCACGCCGCCGUGCCGCAACUGCAACGCAGCCGUCCACAACCCCGGCCGUCAUCUUUCGACGACCCUCGCAGGGAAUGGGCAACCCCGCCAUCUCUCUCCCCCAGACAACAUAUGAAGGAAGCUCAAUGCCAGGGGUGGGAGAAAGCGGUGGCGCAGGAGUAGUGUCACGUAAGAAACUGGCUGGACCUAUUCCAAGGAAAGCAUCACUGAGAAUUGGCAAGCUCCGCUGCGACAUCCAAAGCCCCUUACGCCAUCAGAUCUCCACUCCUUGGUUGAGCGAGAGCAAGAAGCGAUUAGAGCUGUCUUUGCUACGCCACCAAACAGCCUCUGUUGCAUCUACCGCCUCCUCCACUUCCACAACACUCAAUGACCCAUUGGAUGCAUAUCACAAUUCACCGUACUUAGUUAGCUCAGCACAUCCGACAGUCUCGCGGCGACACCGCUCCUCGUCGAGUCUAAGCUCGUCUUAUGUCCCAGUAGUUCAAGGAUCGAGAACAGGAAAUGGAACCGCAAUUGCACGAUCUCGAGAGCCCAGUUUGUCACUUCCAUCGGCACGUCCAAACGACCUUUCAAGGUCAGCUCGUGCCUUGUCCAUCACAUCGCGGCAGCUGGAUCAAGUCCUGCCAUCCUUGGCUGCGUUGAUACAGCCACAAUCACAACAACAAGGCGACAAUGUGUCAAGCAACGUCCCCGGACCUCAUCCAAAUGCUCGUCAGAGGACUUUCUCCCCCCAACAAGUACCAGCUGUUGGCAAUCCACCUCGCCAGGAAGUACUGGCCCAGCGAGGAGAGUUGGAAGCUAUCAAGCGAGAAAACGAGGCUCUGCGUCGUCGCAUACGGGAUCUCGAGCUUGUUGUUAGGAAAUAUCGAGAACGCGAAGUGACUUCUCCAGAACAGCCAACAAACGACCAUGAGGCCACAUUGAAAUUAGGAAAACUGUCCAUUUCCUCGAGGGUCGACGCGGAGGAUGGGCCUUGA